CUCAUAUGUCACGUGAUCUCAUGCAAGCACUCGUCCGGGAUCCAAAUAAGUUCAGGUGUCGCGGACAGAACUUGUGCAGAUCGUGAGUUACUUCGCUCAUCGUUGGCUCGUCUCUCCACCCUAACUAAAUGUGGCUCUCCCAGCCUGUAACCGUUUCAGGAGUAUGCAGGUUGCAACCUGGUUUCAGCAAUCAUAGGAGCAGGUGGUACAUUUGUAGGAAGUUGUGAAACACUAGACUCAAAUAUGACAUCUGGAGCACCAAACACCACGGGUGCACCCAACUGUCCUGAUGUUGUUCCUUUAUCAGAGGUGUACUUUGCAGGAAUAUCUACUGCGGAAUUAGCGGUCACUGCUGUUUGUGCAGUAAUUGCUCUAGCUAAUGUCAUCAUGUACCUGGAGAGCACCUGGUUUAUAAUCCAACACUUCUUGGUUCGCAAGACAAAAGUUUUGUCUCUAUGGAUGAUUGGCCUACAACCAGUGUUUGCAGUGACAGCCUUGAUAGCUGUGUGUAUACCUCGGUCUUCCUUGCUGUCAGAUCUGGUAGCAGCAAUCUACCUGUCCAUCUGUAUGAGGACCUUCCUCCAGCUGAUGAUCCACUACCACGGAGGCGAGGAAGGCCUGAUCAACCACAUGUCAGGGGAGACAAUCAACCUGCGCAGCCCUCCCGUGGCCUGCUGUUGCUGCUGCUGCCCCAAGAUAGAGGUAAACAAGAAGAACCUCUUCAGAAUCAAGAUGUGUGUUUUACAAUUUGCCCUAUUAAGACCAAUCUUGGUGCUUCUGUCUGCUGUGCUGUGGACUGAUAAUAAAUAUGUGAAGGGAAAGAUGCAGCCAAACCAAGCCACCCUGUACUUGAGUGUGUUGAGCGGUGUAUCCACACUCACAGCCAUGUACGGCUUGAUCCUUGUAUUCAGGGCGUCCAGGAAGCAUCUGAAGGAAUUCUACAUUGGACCAAAGUUCAUCUGCAUUCAGUUAGUGCUUGUAUUCAGUAACCUCCAGGGCCUUGUCUUCAAUACUCUGGCCAACAACAACCUUCCUCCUUGUACACAGUUGAUGUCUUCUGCUGCACGAGGCGAUGUUUGGAACCAUCUCAUUGUCAUUGUGGAAAUGUUCCUUCUGGCGCUGCUUGCCCGCCGCUUUUAUCGCAGGACAGAUGGACAACAGAUCAUCAUGGAUGUUCAACUUACUAACUCAGAAGACCCAGACAAAGUGCAAAAAGAUGAAAACUCUUCCUUGAACAAUGGCACCAAUGAACAGAAAUACAGCAGCAGUGGAAAGGAACUGGAGCAAAAGAUUAACUACAUGUAGAUGAUGACGAUGAUAGUGGGAGAUGGACGGAAACAGAGUGUUUCAAAUAACGAAUAUUGUAACAAAACUUUGACAGUUGAACUGGAAUACUGUGCUUGAUUUAUGAAACAGGAACCAUGUUCUCAAACUGACUAGCUGUCAUUAAUGAACCAUAUGGAAUGGGAUAUGGGAUAUGAAACUCAUUGGAUCUAGUUGUACUUAUAGGGCAGAACUCUGAUACUCCUGAUUUUCACAUUUGUUUUGUUUGUUUGCUCUUUAAUGCCGCACUCAGCAGUAUUCUGGCUAUAUGGCGGCGGUCUGUAUAUACGGGAGUCUGGAUGCAUCAAUCCAGUGAUCAACAUCAUGAGCAUCCAUCUACUUGAGUGGGAUAAGAUGAUAUGUCAGCGAAUCUGAUCACCGGAUCCUGUUAGUCGCCUCUUAUGACAGCAUUAUUGUUAAGCACUAGUUCAUUUGGAUUGUCAGUUGUAUAUGAUAACAAUUCAUUUUCACUAGCCAUCAGGGGUUCAAACUUUUU